AUGACGAAUAAUACCAAUAACAGCAUUAAUAAAUCUCUCAAUGGAGAUGAUGAAUUGACAUUAGAAAUUCCCGUAUGGGUACAAGGAAAGCGAAAGUGGGUAACCGGCAUAACAAAAAAGACAACAUUUGACGAUUUGAUUUACGCUUUGUUACAACAAGCUGAUUUGUUAACAACUAAUAAUAGUGUUUCGGGUUUUGCGAUUGCUGAAUGUAUUCAAAUUGUUAGUUCAUCAUUAUCGUCAAAAGACAAUACAUCAUCAAUAAAUGAUUCGUUAAUAACUCAACGUAUAAUUAAAGGACGUUCAAAAGUAAUGAAAUCAUAUAAAAAUUGGCAAUUUGAUAAAUUACCGUUAACUAUCUUACAGUUAAUAACGAUAAAACAAUCAUCGGUCGAUAAUAAGUUUCGUAGUAAGGUAAAGAAAUUUCUAUCAACAAAAACGUCAACACCAAAUCAACCAUUAUCAUCAUCAUUUUCUGACUCGUCGUUACCUUGUACAUUGGGUAUAAUAAAACCAACAACACCAAAAUUAUCGCAUGCAUCAUCGUCACCAAUUCCAUAUCAACAUCAACUUAAUGAAUUAAAUGAAUGUUCAAACAUACUAGAACGUCAACAGCGACUACUCAAUUAUUUAGAUGAAAAAAUACAUCAAACUCAAUAUAAUGUUUUAUCUCAUGAACAAUUAGCAACAGUAGCAGCUUCAACAAAAUGGCAAAAUGACAUGUCGAUAGAUAAUUCAGUACAUCCUCAAGAUGUGUCACUUUUAUUUUCAAAUGUUCAUGAUAAACAACAAUUGUAUACCACUACACAAUUGUGUAAUCAAAUUUUACGUUUACAAGAUCGAAUUAAUGAACAAUCAAACAUAUUAUAUGAUGUUGAACGAGCAAUAUCAAAUGAAUUAAACAGUGUUUUAUUCUAUCAACAAGAUAAUACUUAUGAUACAUUGCCAAUAACAUUAAAUAGUUCGGCCUACGGUACAAUUACGACAACAAAUAGUAAUAAUCUAAACACUAAUUCUGAAACACCGUCUGAUGUUACCACUUUAAAAAAUUCUAUUUAUCGUAGUCGCGAAGUAACAAGGCUUCAAUGUAAAGAAAUGCAUGAUUUAGAUUUAUGUCUACGUGAAAGUGACAUUGUUAUUGGGAAAAAAAUUGACGAUUUAAAAUAUCUUGAACACGAAACUCAAUCAUCGCAUAAUAAUAACAAUAACAACCUUCAUGUUCGCUCAAUGACACCGAAUUAUAAUUGUUUUUAUAGUAAUCAGUCUAAUACCGUCGAUGAAUCUCAGCAACAGUUGAACUAUAACACAAUUUCGCAUGAUCAUCUAAACAACUCAAUAGGUCUAACAAUAAUGGAUUCACAUAAUUUAUACUCAAGAGAUGAUUCAAAAAUAACAAAAGAAGCUGAUGAUGAUAGUGGAAUUAAUUCGUUGAUAUCCGAUGAUAGUAAUAUGGUAAACGGACAUCAAACAAAACCUUGUUUAGAAACACUAGUAUAA